AGUGCUAGGCUUUGCUGCUCUUACCAUGAUGCUGGUGAUUUCCAGAUAUUACGCCAUGGCACUAUGGCAUCUGGUGUGGAGGCCCUACGCCGUGACCCGAUCGCUAGGACGACAGGGCAUUCGAGGGCCACCGUAUACAUUCGCCGUCGGGUCCCUGGGGGAGUGCAAGCGGAUGAUUGUUGCUGGGAGAGCAAAGCCUCUCCACGCCGGCUGCCACGACUACACCUCCCUCGUGCAACCUUUCUUCCAGAAAUGCACUUCUGACUAUGGAAAAACAUUUCUGUUUUGGCUCGGACCAAUACCGUCAAUCUGUUCUACUGACAUCGAGCUAGUCAAAGAAGUGCUCGCAGACAGGACAAACUUAUUCCAAAAGGACUACCUCAACCCUAGUUUGGAAGUAUUUUUUGGCAAAGGGCUUGUGCUUGCAAACGGAGACGACUGGAAGAGACAGCGCAAAGUUGUCCACCCAGUUUUCAAGCAAGAGAAGCUCAAGGUUAAUUUCCUAUUUCUCGAAAAUGGAUGUAUCUAGAACUAAAAUACAUCUAG